CCCAGCUGCCGUGGUGGCUGUACGCCUUUAGCUCGUUCACUUUGUCGAUCUAGACGCGGCAUGAUAGCAGCAUGAACAUCAUCCUCUUCACAACGGCUCUUCUUGUUGCCGCUAGAGCUUCACCAGAUUGGGCCGAACAGGACUCAGAUGAUGACACAGGACUAAGGAACUAA